AUGCACAUCCUUGAAUCAAAGGAAAGCCUGAGGCUGACGCAUCACCACCACAGGCACGCCUUGACCGAUGAAGAGAAGGCCGAGUACAUCCGGGCCGAGAAAUGUCUGAUGUCCCAGCCAGCCCAGCUGGGCAUCAAUGGCACCAAGAACCGUUGGGACGAGCUGCAAAUGGCACACAUAAUCAUGUCCAACGACAUCCACGACGUCGGGCAAUUCUGGCCUUGGCACCGCUACUACAUGCGCAUCCAUGAGGUGCUCCUGCAGCAAGAAUGCAACUAUACCGGUGCUCAGCCUUACUGGGAUGAGCAGCGAGAUGCCGACGCUGGCCCCGUCGAGGAUGCCAGCGUUUUCGGCUCCGAUGACCUUAGCUUUGGCUCUAACGGCCGCGAGGGCGACCGAUGUGUCGUUGACGGGCCCUUUGCAAAUUCGACGCUCCGCCUCGAUCAAGCUUGGGGCGUGAUAGAAUAUGAGGAGUACUGCUUGGGCCGCAACUUCACUGCGUCGUACUGGUCGUGGGCAAACAGUACCUACGCUGACACGUGCUUCGCGGCAACGACUUAUGACGAUGCAUGGAGUUGCUAUUCCGUGAAGCCUCACAGCUCCGCUCAUCUGGCUGUUUCGGGAACACUCGAACUCCAAAGCGCCAGCCCUGGAGACCCUCUAUUUUAUCUGCAUCACGCCAACGUCGACCGUCUCUGGUGGGAGUGGCAGCAAGCGAACCUGACCUAUCGUCUUACGGACAUGGGAGGACGCAAUGUGCCAAGAGAUGACCACUUGUUGAAGAACGAAUGGAUCGCCCCUACAGCUGCCAUACUGGACUACGAUGGAGAUGAUGGGAACGUCACGACAUUGAACCAUGUGCUUUGGAUGUUGGAUAUUAUGCCAAAUGUCACUGUGGCUGAUGUGAUGGAUAUAAGAGGCGAUACGAUUUGUGCCGAGUAUAUUCAUGAGGACGAAUGA